AUAGUGCUCGUAGUGUUGUCUUUAAACAUUGAUUGUAUUUCGUGUAAUUUUAUAUUAUGAUAGGUAAAACUUGUAUUAAAAUGUCAUAUCUUGAGCUAGCAACUUAUUUGUUUGGUUAAAAUAAAGUUGACAUGUAUGUUCCAUCGUUAUGUUAAUAUUAAAAAUGUGAAAUAUAGUUAGCAGCAUAAUUAUUGAAAUAUGGAAAAGUAACAUUGGGGAUAUAAAAACAAACAAACAUCAAUAUGUCUGCUAUGGUGAAUUAAUAUCUAAACAGUUAGAUGGUAUCCCAAUCAUAUUUCACUCUUUGAGGAUAGAUAAUAAACAAGGUAAUGGAUAAUACGAAUGUCAUAGAAAAAUCUUUGCCAAUGACUUCAGCUAUUUUACAAGAUAAAUUAAAACCUGGAUUGAAUUUCAAUGGCCAUGACUUAAAUUUGGUUAAAAUAAAUGGGAGUGAACAUGACAACAAGACAAAUGUUGUACAUACAGAUAAUAGCUUGUCUAUUGAGAUUUGCACUGAAGCCUUGGAUAAUAAAACAAAAUUAGUUUGCCUUCCUGAAGUAGGACUGAAAAAUAAUUUGAAGAGACCCCAUGUUACAGAUUGUGAUGAUAAAGCUGUGGACGAUGCUGAAUACAAAAAUGAUCCUAAAAAACGUACUGUAAAACCAUCUAUUAAUUUAUUAGAUAAACAUCAAUGUGACACAAGAAUGAAGAAAAUUUCACCUAUUGAUAGUUUAAUUUUGUCAAAAUUACAAGAUGAUCCUAAUACAAUGGAUGCAGAAACCAUUGCUGCAAUAGGUAAUGAAGCAAAUGUCAAUAAUUUUAAAGUGCUACGAGAUAAUCAUGAUCAACUUAAGAAAAUUACUAAAAACUCUAAUGGUGAAAAACAAUUGGAAUAUGCCCAAUAUUUAGGUUUGCAACCAUCUGUGAAAUUUAAAUGCUUUAGAUGUUCUGAAAAUUCAUUCCCAAACUACAACAGUUUAAAGGAACAUCAAAAAAAAUGUCUUCUAGAAAGAAAAAUUGUACUGCAGUCACCAGUUCAAAGUUCAAGCCAGGCUCAGUCAACUAAUUUUCGAAUUACUCGUAAAGUGUAUUUAUGUUCAGCUUGUGGAACAUAUUAUGAAAAUUGGAAUCUGUUUCUUCAUAUGCAAACUGUUCACAAAAGAUAUAUUUGUCUUUUUUGCUUAGGAAUGUUUUCUUAUGCAGAGAAGCUUUCUUCUCAUCUUGAAAGUAAGCAUAAUGUCAUAGAAAAAAAAAUUUCUGGAGAUGAUGAACUGAUGAAAGUAUACAAUGGAUCCUGCUUUUUUAUGUGUUGCACUUGUGAGCAUGUCUUUACAGAAAGGGAUAGUAUUUCUGAACACUGCUGCAGUGAUUAUCAGAAGCCCUGUGUAUUUUGUGGUUUAGUGGGAAACCAUAAAAAAAAUUGUAAAGGUGCUUUAAAACAAAAGACUAGUAGCAAUACAAAGAAUAAUACAAUUUCAUCAAAAUUGUGUAAACUUCAAAAACAAAAACUACGAUCUAAAUUGGGCCAGGAAGUUCAUAUUACAGGCGAUAGCAUGCCACCAACUGUUGCCGACUCUGCAGUAACUUUUGAUGAACCGAACUUUAGUCCAGCUGCUUUAUGUGUUGUUGAUAUGGAUGGAAAUAAAGAUAAUGUGGAGAAGGAAGAAAAUAUAUUGUCCGAAGAAAAAUUUUCUAAUGGCAUUAAGAAUAUUAAUACUUGUGAUAAUAAUGUGAUCACUGUUAAUAAAGAUGAUGGAUUAUUAACUGAUGAUGAUAAGAGAAAUUGCUUUAAUCAUGAUGUUGAUAUAUCAGAAGUGAAUGAAAAGGAUCAUGAAAUUAAUAUUUUGCAAUCAGAUGGGAAUGUUUCUGUUGAAAACUCGACGAACAUGUUGAAAGAACAAUAUGUGAAUUUACAAGGAACUGGAAAUGAGUUUUAUACCAAUAAUAAUUCAAGUUCUGUAGAUUCUAUUAUGGAAGAUAUAUCUAAUGUGAAUGUGGAUAAUACAAAAUUAGUCAACGAUACUGAAGAUGUUAUGAAAUCAUCUGAAGAAAAAUCUAAUGGAUCUAUUGAUGAUAAUUUAUUAAAUGAAAAUAACAGUAAUGAUAAUGUGCAGGUAUAUGAUUCAUUAAAAACUACCAUCAAAAUUCCAAAAUUGACUGUGAAAUUGCCACGAGGUUUUACUGAUAUAGAAUUAAAUACUUCUUCAAAUUCUGAUAGCGAGAAUGAAAAUUUAACAAUCAAGGCAACAGGUAAUAAUGUACAUGGUAGCACCUCUUGUGGUAAUGAUGAUAAAUCUGAUGAAAAACUUACUGAUAAAGAAGAUGAUCUUAAUGAAAAUAAUGAUGGUGAACAAAUUGAUUCUGAAAAUAAUGAAAAUACUUAUAUAACAAAUGAUAAAUUAGAUGUGAGCACGAAGCUUAAUGCCAAUAAAGAAAAUGAUAAGCAGCUCUCAACAGCUGACAACAGUGACAAUUUAAUAAUUGCUGGAGAAGAUGUUACGAUUUUUGAAGUUACAUUGGAUCAACCAUUACACAAAUUGCCUGUAGUAGAUCUGAUGAAAAAAUGUUUAAGUAUUACUGUACAUUCAUGUUUAUUUUGCAAUCAUGUACGAAAAAUAGCCAUAAAUGGAAAACAAAUAGGAAUCCAUUUAAUGGCACAGCAUAGAUUUCGAGCUAUUGUAGAAAGUAUAACUGCAGAAGAACUGUUACCUGAAACAAUUGUAGCACGCAUUACACAAAGUUUAUCGGAAUUAGAAAAAGUGUACUUUAAUCUGGAAAAUUAUGAUAGUACUGAUAAAACUCUAUUUGUACCUUAUGAUGGUUUUCAUGAAUGUUUUAGAUGCAGAUUUAUAACAUCCAUUCAUAAAGAAUUAUAUUUGCAUAAUCGAAAGUGUCAUCAGAAAGCAAUUGUUCUGUGCACUAUGUGCAAAAGUACAUUCUAUACAUAUAGUGAAUUGUUAUGUCAUUUAUGUCCAGGUACGUAUGAACAUACUGAAAUGCGUGAACUUAUAUAUAGAUGCUGUUUGUGCGACUUGGAUAAUUUGCCAUCUGCAUUUCGCCUUAUGGUUCAUUUGCGUAAAAGGCAUCAUACUUGUGAUGUAUGUUUAGAAUCCUGCACCGACCAAUCUAGACUUUCAAAUCAUGUCUGGAAGCAUAAACUUCAACAUUUGUGUUAUCGCUGUGGUAUAUCUUAUCGAAACAAGCCUGAUAUCACCAAGCAUUUAUUUUGGAAACAUGGUACAGAAAGCGUUUUAUGUAAAAGAUGUCUACAAAAAAAAUGGCCUCACGUUUAUCAUUUUUGCAUUUUACCAAGCUCAUUUGUGUGUGAGGAAUGCGGUUUAAGUUUUACAAAAGCAGUAGCCCUGAAGGUUCAUAAGAGAUUGCAUAAUGACUAUCGUCCUUAUUCAUGUGCUGAAUGUGAUAAAAAAUUUGUUUCUAAAAAGCUGCUUGUGAAACAUUCUAAAUUGCAUAUUGCACCUCUGUUGACUAACAUUAGUAGCAUUAACAAUGAUGGAGUUCUUAAUGAAUCAAAAGAAUUUAUCUCAAAUAAUUCAUGUUCGAUCACUUCUGAAAAUUGUGAUAAUUAUUCACAAAAAGCAAGAAAAAAUAAAAAAAGUCAUAAAGAAAGUUUAGAAGAUGUUGUUGCUGAUUUGCCAGCAUUGAAUUUAUCAGAAAGUGAUAGUAGUGAUGAAUCUGAAAUGGAAAAUAAAAAUAGUACGGAGUCAAAAAUAUAUGAAUCAAAAAGUAUUAUGCAAAUGGAGAUUGGCGAAGAAGAAGUCAACCCAGUCCCAGUCAUGUUGGAUAUAUGGGAUAAUUUUAAAACAUAUCAAGCAAGUAUUGAUAAAACUGAAAAUUCAUAUGGUGAUAAUGUUGAUGAAUUGAAUACAGUCCCAAUUUUGCAUGUAUGUCAAUCAGAUCAUGAUUAUUGUGACUUUGAUGAUAUUAUACAAAAGUCAAAAGGACCUCAUAUUGACUUUAGCAAUAGUGUGUUAAAACCUUCUCCUAAAAAAAUCAAGACACCAAAGCGAAGAAAUCGUAAUUCAUCUUCAUCAAGUAAUAGUUCAGUUACUAGUUCAAGUUGUUCUUGUGGUGAAAAUUGCAGUUGUAGUAGUUCAUCAGGAAGUUCUUCUAAUUCUUCAGGUUCUAGUUCUGAAAGCGAAAGUUCAAGUUCAGAAGGCAAUAAUAAGAGAACAAAAACCAAAAAAGAACUUCUCACUACACAAGUAUCAGAUAUUAAAGAUAUUGAUGAUGAAAAAAUGUUAGAAUCAAUAUCUGAAGAUAAUCAUAGUAAAUCUCAAGAAUUACCAAUAUUUGAAAGUGAUCUAGAUACAGAUGAAAGUGAAACUGAUGAAGAUUUUUAUGAUGAAUAUCCACAACGGCUUGCUAAUAAAUUGAUGGCAGAAAAAAGGAAUCAACUAAUUUUAUUAGCUUCUUUAGGCUCGUCUAAUGAUGGUAGUAGUGGUGGUACUGCAGAUUUAAGUCGUACUUCUACCCCCAGCUUACCUCCUGAUGAAAAGCUUGUUGUGAAAAAAGUUAAAUCUAAAAAACGCAAAAAGGAUAAGAGAAAUAGAAUUUGUGAUUCUGCUGCACCAGCAAUGGUUAAUAUACCAAUUAUUCCACCUAUAUCUUUAAAAAUUAACAUUCCAAAGAAUCCUGAAAUCAUGAAUCAAAAUUCAGAACAUCCUGUUAAAAUAGUUGUUUCAAGACCUGUAACACCAAAAAUAGAUUUAAAGCCAAUACCUUCUGCAGUACAAGCAAUACCACCUCUUGUUGUUAAGACUCAAGUGGGAAAUUUACUACGAGAAACUGACGACAACAAGCGAGCCAGCAAACGAAGACGUAUUCCAAAUAAAUUUUAUGGAUAUUCAAGUGAUGAAGAGACUGGAAUGCUAAAGCCGCAAGCUCCUCCUCAACUUACUUGGCAUAAAGAAGACUUACCAGAGCAGCCGCCUAAAAUAGUAGAACCUCCACCAAGGGUUCCACCGUUGCCUGUUCAUCAGAUUUUAGCUCAACAACAAAUAUCUGUAAUGAAACCAUUGAGUGAUUUAAGUGAUAAUGCUAAGAGCAGUCCAAGUGAUGAAUCAUCUAGUGAUGAAGGAACUUUACAUAUAAGUCAGCCAACAGUUUCCUCCAAUAUUCCAGGCACAACAAUUUCUUCAGCUAGCAUAAGACAAGCAAAAGAGGGAGAAAGUGUCUAUUGCUACUGCCGUUGCCCAUAUGAUGAAGUUUCUGAAAUGAUUGCCUGCGAUGGUGCAACAUGCAGCAUUGAGUGGUUUCAUUUUGAAUGUGUUGGUAUAAUGGUUCCUCCUAAAGGUAAAUGGUACUGUCCAGAAUGCAGGCAGAAACACCCGCAACAAGAUGAUUUUUGUUAA